CUUCCGGUAUUGGUUAGAAUACACAUGGUCGACCUCUGAAAAUUUCUUUCCGGUGGUAAAAAUAGGUUUCGGUUGAGCAGUGAUGGAUAAUAUACCAGCGGCCAUGGACAGACACUUAGACGUGAUUCAGUGUCAUGAAGAUGGAGGAAUAUUACUCGGGGCAUCAAACCUGACUGGUCGGUACUGGUAUGGGUCUAUAUGGUACUACCAGGACCCCUCGUGUGCCCCCGAUGUGGAGAAGUGCAAGGCUGGCGUACAACUAGAGGCGGGGCUUAGUGAUGCGCAGUGGCUCAGCAGUACCAAGGUCCUGGUGGGCCUUGAUACAGGAGGACUUGCAGUAUGGGAACUGAUUGAUGACUUUGACACCUUUAUGCAUCAAUUAUCAACGUUAGAACACGAUGACGUUGUCAGCUCAAUAUCCAUCACUAGUGACAACAAGAGGGCCAUCUCAGGAAGCAACGACAGAUGUGUGAAAGUUUGGGAUUUGGAAACGCUAGCUUCUAGAAACACAUACAGAGCUCACAGUGAUACAGUGGAAUGCAUCAACUGUCACCCGACAGAGUCGGACAUCUUCUUGUCCUGUUCACAGGAUGGCCGAAUAUUUUUAUGGGACACAAGAAAACCCAAACCAGUUAGUAUUGUAGAUAAGUUACCCCUUCAACAUUCCCCUAAAAGUGUUGUUUGGCAGCCGAACUCCCCACAUUCAUUUGCUGUCGGUGACGAAACCGGUCAAAUCGUAGUCAAGGAUACACGAACAUCAAUAGGAACACCAGUGACGUACACGGCACACUGUCGCUGUGUCAACAGACUAGAGUUCUCCAAAGACAAUCCCAGCCUGCUGGCCUCGGUAUCGGACGAUUGUGAGGUUGUGGUCACCGACAUUAGUUCUCCAAAGUGUACAGAAAUCUACAGAAAUCGGUCACACCGCGACUUUGUGAAGGGGUUGUCUUGGAGAGGAAACAAAGUGUUCACAUGUGGUUGGGACUCUCAAGUGUUAACUCAUACCAUAGACAGUGCUGCUGUGCCAACCUCUGACAUGGUUGCCGUGGCCACCAAGGUCAAAGGUCAGACGAGUAUAGGUGACAUGGAGUGUAAGGUUGAGACUUCAAAUAAAGACAUGGUGAAAUGCAAUGGUAACAAUAAGGGUAAUGGUGAUUCCAUGUCUGUAGAAAGCACCUGACCACACAACUACCUCAGAUCUAACAAAGUCCACCAUCAGUUGUUCAUGUCAAGGACACUCGAAGAUCCUCACCAGUUGCUGGCUAUUUACUGGACGAUUUAGAUCGUUACCAGGCAUUUUGCUGGACGAUUUAGGUUAUAAACAAGUAGAUCAUUUAAAGGGUGAUUACAAAUUUGUAUUGACUGCAAGGUUAUUGUAGUAAACUUUGUUGACCGAUUUUAGAUAAAGAAACUAAAAGUGUAAAAUAUUCAGUACCAGAAAGUGAAGAAACUGCUCUAUCACUAUAGCUUUGAUUUCUUUCUUUUUUUCAUCAGUUUUCAGUAUAUUGAUAUCAUCUUUUAAUAGAGACAGAGUUAUAUUUUUAUAAAAGUUGAUGUUCAGAUUUCAAAUUUGUGAAAACAAUUCUUUCAAUUGAGACACAUUUGAUACAGAGUCUUUUCUCCACAAAAGCUUUUGAACUGCACAAUCAAAAUCAAUAUCUAAUAAAAGGGCCAGCAUUUGUAUGUUUACAUAUAUAUGAGUGAAGUCGGCCCUAAGAAGGGAGGCAAUUAUAAUUGAUCAUGAUUAUAUACAUUGAAAUGCAUUUGAAUAGCAGACUCGAGAAAAAUAUUUUGGGUCACAAAAGAGGUAUUGUUUUCCAUUAUGUGCAGUAGAAUGUGAGUUAAGAUCAUUAUGGUUAUAUGGUGUAAAAUGCAUUAUAUGUACAGUUAAACUUUGAUCAUUUUCUUAUAACUUAGGAGUGCUAAAAUAAGGACGUUAACUGUAAUUGUCUGUUUAGGGUUAAUCUGUGAGGGUAAGCACUCCCAAUAGGGGCCUGUAGAAGAUAUUGUUAAGUUGUAUAGAGCUGUGUCUACCCUUUGCUUAAUGAAUGUUUGACACUUACUUAUAAAGAUGAAUUGUUAUAUCUGUAUUUAACAAAUUCACCCAUAAAGUCACUUUUGAACCUUACUCAAUCAAAGACUGGGUAAGUCCAGUUUUGAUAUGUAGGGUUGAAUGAGUUUUAAAAAUGUAAAAACGAACAUUUUUUAUCCGCUCAAAUUCAUUGGUGUGCGCUACAGCCAGUGUGAUCAAUGAUCAUUAACUCAUUCAUCCCUGAAGACACAUUUGAACUCUUCCAAUUCAAAUGUUGGAAUAAUUAAUUUUGAAAUUUCAGCGAAUGAGUUAAUAAAUGUCCUUUCGUUAUGACCUGUACUUGAGAUCUCUUCAGCCAUGUCAGCUUGAAGGAGAUCUUUCAUCCAUACCUGCCUAUGUAAUGUAUUGUGGGCCAUGUAGAACAGAUUCCAGUAAAUCUAGAUUCAGUCAAAAACAUUGCUUUCCAGACCUGAAUUAUCCAUUGUUUUAUUAAUCUGGAAGGUUAAGCAUUCCAGUAUUUUUUCGUAGAAACGUCCAGAUCAACAAGAUUCCACAGCCAAGCACAAUUUAUACUGUUCGUAGGAUAUUAAAACAACACAGCGAGAUUGAAUAUUUGUGUCUGACCUGGUUUUACAAAAUGAGUUUCCUUUGUGAUUAUAUAAAUACACAGUUUCCCAAGUUGUGAUAGUCAUAUAAGUUAAUUUCAAAAGAGAUUUACUGAUUAUCUUUUACAAUUUGAAAAUUAACUUAUUUGAGUGAGAUAACAUUAAUUUCAACCAACACAACUUGGGGAAAUCUUUGUCAGCAAUACUCUUAACAAGUGUACAAUUCCAAUUUUUGUUCGCGAACUUUUUGUCCAAUUCAAAAGAUAUGGGAGAAAAACAAUUUAAAACCCAUGUAAUAAAGACAACUCAGAUCCUCAUAUACAAUCCAGAACUCUUCAAAUAAGUUGUUUUCUGGUCAGAAUUUGUGCUUUGCAUAACUACCCUAUAUAUGAUGUUUAUUUUUUUGUUACUUAGAUUUUUUCCUUUAUUGCUUCUAUUACUGAAAUAGUUACUUUAAACCAGGAAAUGUUCUUCCUUUGUUGGUCAAAUCCAUAUUGAUCCAGUUUUAAUUUUGCCCUUCACAUUUAAUUACUAUGUAUAUUUCCCCAGUAUGUUGAUAUCAAUGCUUGCUGUAAUGAAAAAUUCACCCUCAAUUUCAGAAGCCGAAAAAGACGAAAAUUAAACUGCAUUGAACAUUUCCCAAUUUAAAGUACAUAUGAUCUUAAUGUCAAUGAAGACUUUAUACAUGUUAAUGGGUAUGUCUUUCUGAAAGUAGUAAAUAUUUCCAGGGGAGAGUGUCCUCAAUCAGCAAGGUAUGCGAGGCCUAACAUUAACUGAUGAUUUGUAUGUGAUGUUGUGUGUAGUGGCUGAAUGGUGUGUGAGCGACUUUCGUCAGCGGGAGUGCAUGCUGCAAAUUACAGGCAAAAAACGGCAGUUUUCUUACAAUAAUUCAACAAAUUAGCGAUAUUAUAUAUAAUGAAUAAACAUUGACUGCAAUGUGUUCAUAUAA